AACAGAUGAAGGUGUGGGUAAUUGCUGUGUGGGCGAGGCAUGACGAUGGGAGCUGGACGGAGCAACGACAUGACAACAGAGAUCCUGAUUCUUUGUUGUGUGAGGCUACAUAACUUGAGUUGUGUACAAUGUGUGAGCCAUGGGCCCCACCUCCUCUGUGACAUCACGGCAGGGAGAGGAGGGAGAGGAGGGAUGCAUAAGUCGCUGGCCUCGGCCACCUGCAGCCACUAACAGAUCAGUCGAUAAACAGCCCUAGUACCCUGCAAAGCUUCCAGAAGAACUCUACAGAGAUGUCUCCUCGCACCGCUAUUCUGCUCCUCUCCUUUUGCUCUUCUCUGCAGGACGGUCUGAGUUUCCCGUCCACAAGGCGACCCGGAGAACCAGGUGGGGAGGUGAUCUCCCACCACAGAACCAGACGCUGCUCCUGCAACAGCCGGCAGGACUCUGAGUGCCACUACUUCUGUCACCUGGACAUCAUCUGGAUCAAUACACAGAGCAAAACGACUCUUUAUGGCCUGGGAAGCAGCGUGGCCCGCCGCCGGAGAGCCGCGGGUCGCUGCUUCUGUGCCAGUCCAACUGAUCGCACCUGCUCCCGCUUCUGUGUUCAAAGCUUGGCCAACUGAACUCCGGAAAGUGCCAUGAAGAGACCCCCAGCCCACCUGCUCAAUGUCCCCAGAGGUCUGGCUGAUGGAUCUCAAAAUAAAGCUGUCCAUCUAGACACGAAGAACGCCUUUCAUGCCUCUGAGACGAAUGUGGGCCAAAAUAAAUAUAGAUUUAAUAGCGAGAUAGAGACAGAGAAAUAGAAGGAGAGAGAGGAGAGAAAGAGAGGCACCUGAACAAAUGGUUCUACUUUCACACGAAGAGGUAAACAAAGGGCUGCGGAAACGCGUGUCGCACGAUAGAGGGCCGUCGCGCCUCGUCUGUUAGUCCACGGUCGAGAUAGUGGAAAACAGACCGAUCAUCGAAACACGCAGACACGGAGAAGAUGUUGCGGCACUGGCUGAAGAAAGGCAAAUAAAGAACUGGUUCUCUCUGCAGUGGUUGAUGAAGCAAGAGAUGAAGAGUUUAGGCCAUCACUGACCAGUGAGUGGUGGUUGCACCUUAACGGACCACCCGCCUAACAGCUCGAAGGACAGUCACAGUUUUAUGCCGAGCGAGACCUGAAGAUAAUUGUGGUUUUACGCAUUUUGAGAUAUGAUGUACUGAUCUAUUAGUUUAGCAAAAUACUGUUUAUUUCUAAUGAAACAUUUUAAUAACGUAAAAAUACUGAAAGUCAGUGUUUCUAUUUAAAAAAGAGUAAGAGAUUUAGGCCUAUGUGUACAUGUGAAUUUGUGAUGUGUGUGUUUUAGAGACAAUGAAUGUUAUUGUUGGCAAGGGUUAGAAUGUAAGAAUAAACUAUGGCUGACAUCUUAUCUCCAUUAGGCUACAGUCUGAAUGUUUUUUUGUUGUGAUAAAAAUCCCACAUAUUGAAAUGCGUUGGCGAUAGGCCUACUAAUCAGAAGAUAUUGGAUUUAACCCCAAAAAAAAAUAAAAAAUCAGU